GCGGCUCCUGGGCAUAGUGAGGGGCGCGUGUGGCGGGGUAGCGGUAGGACGGUGGCCGCGCGGGGAGCGUAGGGCAUGGUGGUGCACAUCAUGUCCAAACUGAGGGUGUCCCGUGUGGGGCUUGGGAUACUGCUGGGUGCGGCUGCAGGGAUCGGGUUCUUGUAUGUGUUUUACAAACAGAGGCGGAAAAGGCCCUGGUGGGGACGCAGCUCCAGGCACUCUGGGGUUCAGUACAUGCAGAACUCUGUGGGGCCCCAUGAAAAUGCAGAGACUCGGGGGCACCAUAACCAGGUUCUGCUUAUAAGACAAGCACCAAUGGAGGCUGGUGAUGGCAUUACAUACACAACUCUUUUAACACGAGAAGAGCAGGUGGAAGUGCUGAACCGUCUGGACUUUGUACUGAAAAACAUUAUAGAGCUACGAAAAGAAGUGGAGGAGCUGAAGAACAGCCUGCGGAGUUUAGCUGGGGAGAUCAUUGGAGAAGUCAAGUCCCACCUGGAAGAAACCCAGAAGGUAACUCGGCGGAGGCGAUACCCAUUUCCUAGAGAGAGGAGUGAUUCCACAGGGUCCAGCUCUAUUUAUUUCACAGCCAGCUCAAGAGGGGCCAAUACAGAUGAUGGUGAAAGUGAGGGAGGGUACACCACAGCCAAUGCAGAGUCUGACUAUGACCGGGAGUCAGAGAGAGAGAGUGAGGAAGGGGAAGAUGAAGUGAGCUGUGAGACAGUGAAGACUGCACGGAGGGAUUCACUGGACCUUGUCAAUGAGGAUGAAACUGUUUUGGUCUCUGACUCUACAAUGGAGGAGGAAUUUGGUCAGCUGCUGCAGCAGGCUGACCAGCUGCAUAGUGGGAAUAACCAGGAGAAGAGGGAAGGAUUCCAGCUGCUGCUUAACAAUAAACUGGUGUAUGGAGACCGGCAAGAUUUCCUUUGGCGCCUGGCUCGAGCAUACAGUGAUCUGUAUGAAAUCACAGAGGAUGCAGACGAAAAGAAAUCAUAUGCUUCUGAUGGGAAAGAAGUGGCAGAGGCAGCCCUACAGAAAGGGGAUCAAAGUGCUGAGGGUCACCAGUGGUAUGCUAUUCUUUGUGGCCAGUUCUCAGAACAUGAAAGUAUUCAGAAGCGUAUUCAAGCUGGGUAUGUUUUUAAGGAACAUGUUGAUAAAGCAAUUGCCCUGAAACCAGAUGACCCCAAGUCUUACUAUCUUCUGGGCAGGUGGUGUUACCAGAUCGCUCAUCUGGGAUGGCUUGAAAGAAAGACUGCUUCUGCCUUGUAUGAAGCACCUCCUACAGCCACUGUCCAUGAUGCACUGCAGAACCUUUUAAAGGCUGAAGAGCUGAGCCCAGGAUUUUCCAAAGCAGGAAGGGUGUACAUUUCUAAGUGCUACAGAGACCUGGGGAAUAACUCUGCAGCUGUUCAGUGGAUGAAUCUGGCUUCAGAGCUGCCAGUUAUCACAAAUGAGCUUUCUCAUUAUAGCCACAAUUCAAGUAUCACUUGAUUGCCAUGCAUUUGAGACAACGGAUGAAACUGAACUGGUAGGCUAAUAUCCUCCUUUACACUGGCUUGAUAGUAACACCCUGCCUACUGUGUGGUGAAAGACAGUUAUGGAUGGGUAUUGUCAAUUUAUUAUUGUUAGUCCAGGACUGAUCAGAAACUCCCCAAAUUACUUGUAAUCAGAUGUUGUUUACAUCAUAAUUCUCAAAAAUGCAAGUAAAGUAAUCUAGACAAGUCAGCCAGAUCUUACUCCUUCAUUCUCUGUAUUAUUUAAUAAACACUGACAUGUAAGGCAGCAUUAACUUUUGUUAUGACAUAACUUUUGUUAUGACACACACAGUAUUUUAAAAUCUGUCAUUAGACUAUGUUGCUGUAGCCAAAUUAUUUGGCUGGAGUUCAGGCCGCAGGUAGGCAGGGAGUCUCAGCCAACCAUCUGUAACAUGCGGACUUGACAGUGCUGCCACCUCCAGAGCAUUAUCCAUUACUGCAUGAAGGUACUCAGCUGCUAAAUGUUGCCAAACUGAAGGAAACCAGAGUAUCAAAUUGUGAAUUCCAGAAUGUGAACGGGAAAUGGCCAUAUUCUGCCAAAUGAGUAACUUCCUCAGCUCAAGUUCCUCUUAACAGAACUAGGAUGAAAUAUUUGUUAACUGGAAACAGGAGAUAUUCCAAAAGAAUAAGCAGUAUAUUGGAGGAAUAAAACUUAAUAAGAAAAGCAGGGGGGUUUCAGAAAAGAGACAAAAUCAAGGACUUGUGAGCAUUCACUUCCGUUUUCUGAGAUGGCAUAAAGAAAAGAGCAGCAUGCCACAAACAGAAAAACAAGGGUCUAGUAAGGCGGUCCAGAUAAUAUUUAUAUAGUGGCUUUCAUUUUUAAUGUAAUUGCACACAUUCAUCCUCUUCACCCCAUAAGUAGAUAGAUAACUUGAUCAUACUGAUGGAGAAACAGAGGCAAAGGUGAAGUGGCUUGCCCAGUUCAACAAAGAAUCUGCAUGAAAGCCAAGGUUAGAACUCCAGAGUUCCUGGUUCACAAUUCUGUGCUUUCAGAAGUGAAAAAGAAAUAAGAAGAAGACUUCCUCUUACUGCUUGGAAAACCUGAAUAGAAUUUUAAAAACAACUAUAAAGACGCGUAUCAGGUAGGAGGAGGGAUAUGAGAAAUUUGCUUUAAAAAAAAAAAUAGUUGAAUAAGAAAAUGAAACCAAGUGAGUAACCUUUAAUUUUGUAAAUGGGACUGGAUUAAACCCACUGGCCAUUGUGAUGUUUAUCAUUUCUUUCUUUGCUGUCUCAGGAUGAAAAAAUCAAGAGGGAGAUGGAGGAGAUGCAAGGAAUCUCAGAAGAAUAAGGUUUUUUUUUUUUUGAGCCCAGUCCUCUGAUAACUGUGGUGUGGACAGGACAAAUUACAGUCUAAAGGAUUUCACAAUCUGGACAACCUUGGAUUGGGCUUCAUGGGCAAACCACAGAUCUUACAAAGAACAAACCAAACUGCAGUUUCAACAGCACUUCCCUGAGGAGUUAAAUCUUGGCAGAGACUCGCAGGACUAAACUCUAAUUCUGUUCAUCUGCCUGCCUGUUGCACCAGAUAUAGGCUAAUGAAUCAAGUGCUUGACCUGUUCAGUGCAGCAGCCAUCAACUUGAUUGGAUUUUAGUUGUUUCCUCUAUGCCUUUGAUUUUCAAAUUCAUCUACCUACACUUCCCAAGAAGUAUUUAUUGCUCAACUUCUAUCGGGCGAGGACAUAAACAUGUGAAGUUCAAGAUGUGAUGGGAUCCUGUGCUCUAUUUAAUAAAAUGUCACAGGCAUGGUUCUAGUGUGUUAUGAAGGCUGGGAAUCAACAGCCACCCUUAGCUAUGCCUAUAUUUCUUUAUAGUUAGUGACAACCAUUGCUAAUAGGCAGAGUGGAGAAUGUCAAUCUUUCCUUACUGCUGAGCUCUUUGAUUGCUCAUGGCUUUUUCAGCAAAGGUUUCUUCAGUUGAGAAUCCAGGGUGGGCAUGGCAACCCACUUUAUUAACACAGUCUGGAGUCACACAUUGGACACUGGCAUAGCUGAUAAAAUACAGGCCUGACAUUUGUACAGAGGCUUCAACAAGGUACAGGGUAAAGCCAUUGUGCUUGGUGUUUUAUUUUCCAUUGGUUCUAGCUGCCUGCUGUACUGAAGACAGUGAGGCAUUCUUAUUUUCCAUUAAACCUAUGGCUUGAAGUGGGCAGUGACGUUAGAUCAUAAGAAAGGGCAGUUACAAAGAAACCAUAAUACUAAAGGCAAGAGUUCUGCUCAGACCCUUCUCACCUCCCUCUGAAAACAUCAGUGAUGCCCAGAGCCCACUCCUGUUGUCUCUUUGCAAGUUCAUCUGGCUAGUUAGUGGUUUUAGUCAUCAAGGUAAAACCAGCAAUACUCAUCAGCAUACGUCUAGAGAUUAACAUCAUGGGACCAAUGCAUCUGCUUUCAGAGAUGUUCUUCAGAAAUAAGGACUUAUGUUAAAGAAACGUAUCACUGCCAUAAGAGACCAAGUGAUAAAAUCUUAAACUUGGAACACAAACUGAAUUUUCUUUACUCACCAAAAAUGCUAAUCUUUUAAUCCAAAUGGAUGCUUUCAGAUUCCUUAACUGUGAAAGUUUGAUAUCUUCUGCACUCAUCUAAACCUUACCUACCUGAUGUAAAGAAGUUUAGGAGUUGCAGAGGCUGUUCAUUAUCUUUAUGAAGCACUUGCUGCAGAAAGAGGAACCACAUGGCAAAAUUGACAGUUUGGCACAAAUGCUUUCCACCUCAUUCUGCUAGAUAACAAAUUAAAAGUAUAAUCAAAAUGACACUUUGGGCUGGGAGGGGAGUAUCAAGCUAACCACUAAUAUUUGUUCCAGUCAGUUCCAAAUAGCAGAAAGUUUUGGGUUGUUUUUUUCUCCUCUAACACUUUUUUUUUUUUUUUCCAGAGGACAACACAACUCACCUUGUUCUAUGCACAGCAAUUUCUCCCAGGAAUCUAACUGGGCUUCCUCAUAUCUUUUUUAAAAAAAAAAAUAUUUUAGCUGGCAGCUAUCUGUGUGUGGGCAUUAAACACUUUAUUACAUGUUAUAGAGUAUCAUGUCUGAUUUGCUGUAGAGUGGGAUUACAAAACCAAACAUUUAAGCUAAUUACACACCAUCUAAUAGAAAAUGAGAUCUGAUUGCCUUUCUUAACCACUUAUACAUACAUAUUAGGGGGACAUUUCUCGGUGGGGGUGGACCUUGGCUGAGUUUUCCCUGGUCCUGAUAGGAAUCAGAGCCUGACAAUUCACCAUCCUCUGUGGAGGAGGAAUCAGAGGACUUCUAGAUCUUUUAAGCUUUUGCUUCUCCUUUUUAGCGUUUUGCUUUUUUGUUUGCUUAGAGAGCAUACUAGCUCCAUCACAGCUUUAAUAAGGCCUUUUUGCAGCUAGCUUUCCCAAGGGCCUGAACUCCCCCCUCAAGAUCUUUGAGUCCUUGCCUUCUGGGUCGCAUUCCCCCAGGGAGGGGAAAUGCUUCCAGAGUCCUGACCAAAUUGGGAAGCAGGGGGCUGUUUGAGCCCUGCUGUUUUUCCCAGGCUACUCAGGACCCAUUUUAAGAUGGGGGGGUGGGGGGAGAUUCGUGAUCCUGGAAGUCUCACUUCCCUGUUCUCCAGGCGUCCCGUGGGCCUUACCCCCUAAGUCAGCUGAUUGCAGUCCUCUUCAUCCUGCCCAGAGACACCUGGUCCAUUAUUCCCGUGUUAGUUGCAGCUGCUUUGGUGGGUAGGAUCCUCAUGCCUGAUUGACUGAGGGCAAGUCCCGAGGGGGACUGUCCCAGAUCACAGCUGGAGCACUGUUUGGAUAUCAUACUGUGCUUUUUUUAGGCUUCUUUGUCAUUCCUAAAAGGUGCUAAGGAGCUAGCAGGGAGGCGCUGCAGUGGAGGUUCUGGGUGGGUUCUAAUACCGGAGUAAAAACUGGCCCAGGGAGAGGAGGGGGAUUGAGAGAGAGAACACCGCUCACUGCUGCUUCCAAAAAUCAGUUAAAAAAAACAAAACCCUUUUAGGCAGAUAAGGCAGGAGCACUGAAGCUGCUGUCCACAUGCUGCCAUGAAGGCAGAGUGGGCAGAAGUGUAAGUUUUCAGCAAAUCUCCAAAUAGUUAAAUGUUAUGACAAAUUCUAGAAGAGAAGACUUCAGAAUUAUUCAGGUUUUGAAAGCAUGGAUCCACCAAGAGAAUAUUUUAGUUCAGAUGAUGUCUACUUGUUUCUAAAUAGACAUGAGAAUACAAUUAAAAUUGGAAACUGCCAAUUGAGCUGGUGAAGUGAGAUUAAUGAGCACCUAAUUAACUGCCCCUUUCUCCAUUCUACUCUGAGCAUCCAUUCUGGAUGGAUGGUAUUUGAAUGUAUGUGCAGUUGGGCCCCAGUCAUGCUUCCACUCAAAACUGAUGGCAAAACUCCUAUUAAAUAGGAGUAGGAUUGGGUGACAAAUCUGAGGAAUUGUCACAGAUUGAAGUGUCAUUAGAGGAGGUUUUUUUAAUUAAUUGAUAAACUUAACAGUAACAAGUCACCGGGACCAGAUGGCAUUCAUCCAAGAGUUCUGAAAGAACUCAAAUGUGAAAUUGCAGAACUAUUAACUAUGGUUUGUAACCUGUCCUUUAAAUCAGCUUCUGUACCCAGUGACUGGAAGAUAGCUAAUGUAACGCCAAUAUUUAAAAAGGGCUCUACAGGUGAUUCUGGCAAUUACAGACCUGUAAGUCUAACGCCAGUACCGGGCAAAUUAGUUGUAACAAUAGUAAAGAAUAAAAUGGUCAGACACAUAGAAGAACAUAAAUUGUUUGGGAAAAGUCAACAUGGUUUCUGUAAAGGGAAAUCAUGUCUUACUAAUCUAUUAGAGUUCUUUGAAGGGGCCAACAAACGUGGACAAGGGGGAUCCAAUGGACAUAGUGUAUUUAGAUUUCCAGAAAGCCUUUGACAAGGUCCCUCACCAAAGGCUCUUACGUAGAUUAAGUUGUCAUGGGAUAAGAGGGAAUAUCCUUUCAUGGAUUGAGAACUGGUUAAAAGACAGGGAACCAAAGGGUAAGAAUAAAUGGUAAAUUUUCAGAAUGGAGAGGGUCAGUCAGAAUUUUCAGAAUGUUCCCCAAGGAUCAGUCCUAGGACCAAUCCUAUUCAACUUAUUCAUAAAUGAUCUGGAAAAAGGGGUAAACAGUGAGAUGGCAAAGUUUGCAGAUGAUACUAAACUGCUUAAGAUAGUUAAGACCAAAGCAGAUUGUGAAGAACUUCAAAAAGAUCUCACAAAACUAAGUGAUUGGGCAGCAAAAUGACACAUGAAAUUUAAUGUGGAUAAAUGUAAAGUAAUGCACAUUGGAAAAAAUAACCCCAACUAUACAUACAGUAUGAUGGAGGCUAAUUUAGCUACAACUAAUCAGGAAAGAGAUCUUGGAGUCAUCGUGGAUAGUUCUCUGAAGACGUCCACGCAGUGUGCAGUGGCAGUCAAAACAAACAGGAUGUUAGGAAUCAUUAAAAAUGGGAUAGAGAAUAAGAUGGAGAAUAUCUUAUUGCCCUUAUAUAAAUCCAUGGUACACCCACAUGCUCAAAUAAAUUUGUUAGUCUCUAAGGUGCUACAAGUACUCUUGUUCAUCUUGAAUACUGCAUACAGAUGUGGUCUCCUCAUCUCAAAAAAGAUAUACUGGCAUUAGAAAAGCUUCAGAGAAGGGCAUCUAAAAUGAUUAGGGGUUUGGAACGGGUCCCAUAUGAGGAGAGAUUAAAGAGGCUAGGACUUUUCUGCUUGGAUAAUAGGAGACGGGGGUGGGGAUAUGAUAGAGGUAUAUAAAAUCAUGAGUGGUGUGGAGAAAGUGAAUAAGGAAAAGUUAUUUACUUGUUCCCAUAAUAUAAGAACUAGGGGCCACCAAAUGAAAUUAAUGGGCAGCAGGUUUAAAACAAAUAAAAGGAAGUUCUUCACACAGCGCACAGUCAACCUUGCCUGAGGAGGUUGUGAAGGCUAGGACUAUAACAGGGUUUAAAAGAGAACUAGAUAAAUUCAUGGAGGUUAAGUCCAUUAAUGACUACUAGCCAGGAUGGGUAAGGAAUGGUGUCCUAGCCUCUGUUUGUCAGAGGGUGGAGAUGGAUGGCAGGAGAGAGAGAUCACUUGAUCAUUACCUGUUAGGUUCACUCCCUCGGGGGCACCUGGCAUUGGCCACUGUCAGCAGACAGGAUACUGGGCUGGAUGGACCUUUGGUCUGACUCAGCAUGGCCAUUCUUAUGUUCUCUGUUAUGUAGAAUAGAUCUUCAAGUAACCAAGGAGUAGAUCAGCUCCUUGUAUGCCCCUGUGAUAUGCUGUAGUUCAUGAGGAGACUUGCACAAACGUAGCAGUGAGUUAAAAGUUAGGCAGGCAGGGAUUGAUGUUAAUACCAAAAUCUGAGAGGUUUUCUUUUCCUCCAUUGGUUGAAUGUUGAGUUGGGUCUUGUGGGGUAUUGGAUAGAAUGCCUUGAAAAAAGACAUGUAAGGAAUAUUGGGCUGUGUGAUUAAACUUAUUUUAGCUUUGAGAAAGCUUAAAUGUCUUAAUUGAAUGGGGAGAGGGCAGUAAUGAAGUUAAAGUAAGGGGUGUUCUUUCCUCUUUUUGACAUUUUAGUGGGAUCUCUAGUUUUUAGAUUACUUCAAAUGAUGAGUGGUGUCUUCUCUUACCCCUUAUUUCAUCCCUCCAUUUUUUGUUUGUGAACAUUUACUCUAGGCUUUCUAUGUAUUUCGUUCCCUGUUUCAAUUGCAUUUGUUUCCUUUUAAAAAAAAAAAUAAUAAACUUGGGGUCUGGAAUUCCAUUUUAAUUUAAUUUUACCCAUUGUGCUUUUUCAUUGGGAACUUGAAGUUCAGGGCUGCGAUAUUCAGGUGCAUGUACAGGGAAGAUUUCCAUUGGAAGCUCCACUUCUGGCUUAACAACUGGAUGGAGACUUGAAUUCAACAGACACUAUUUUCUAGUCAGAUAUGUUUGCUGGAAACUAAUUAAUGUGGCUUUAAGAACACGAGGAAAGGAGAUGGUAAAGUCUGCAGUUCUUUUCAAGCUCAAAGGCUCUAUUUUUGCUGUUUCCAUCCUGAUCAUCUUUCGCAAUGAUCCUUGGUAUGCUAUGCUGGGGAUCAAAUGAAUAUUUUUAAACAUUCUAGCUUUCUGUGUUUCUUGCUGGUUACGAAUAAGAUAAAUCUGAUGGAGGAAUGCAGUUUCAAUUCUAAUGAACAGCAUAGCUUUCAGAUUGAUGUGGCGAAUCAUGGAAGUUUAAUUAAAAACACACUCCUUACAGUGCUGUUUGGGAUUUUUAGUUUAAGCAACUAAAUUUUAAGUAGUCUUUUGAGAGGAUAAACCUAAAAUAAUCUGACAGAUUGGCUUUUAUAUGCAUGCAGGGAAAGGCAGCAGGGUUUAUUCCUCCUGUUAGAAAGGGGGAUGCACUUUAACAGCCUCAGGUAAACACAGAGCUUGUUUUGGGUUUCUUUGAUUUUUACAUUUGCAAAUGUUUUACUGACCAGUCCUGGAUGUUACUGUUAAUUUCAUGAAGUUGACUGCACUGUAAACCUUCAGGGCCAUAAGAGACAGGAGAUUUGGAUGAGUAAAAGUUAAUUGAAAGACACUUCACCCUGCUGACUUUGGAAGCCUUUUUCCAAGAUUUAUUACAGGAAUCAGAUGAGAAUUAUUUUUCCUGCAACUCGUCUUGUGUUAUUUUUAUGGCAUAUCUGUCUGUGGUUAAUUAAUAUUGUGUUAAAGAAUAACUGCAAAAUUACCAAAAUGCUUUUAACUUCACUGUGUUGUCUUGUUUGAAAUAAAACACUUCAAGUGUCUAAGGAGAAAAUCUCCCCUUUUUU